AUGCCUCGAUCCGGAUCGCAGUCACAUUCGAGAGGUUCCGAGAAUGAGGAGCAUUUCAUCUGGGUGUCAGGACUUCCACCCAAUUGGACAUGGCAGCACUUGAAAGACUAUGUCCGCGGUUCCAUCGUGAACCAGCCCAAGUGGACCGAAGUCAUUGAAGCGCGACCGGGACUGCGUGAGGGAUACUUCAGAGUGGUCGGUAGGAAAGAUGCCGACCUGGCCUACAAUCGAUUUGCAGAUCCAGGCGUCAAUGCCAACAUAAUGCUGGUGCACGAGUGGGAGCUCUCCCGAGACGGCGCCCAGCCGAAUCUGGUCCGAUGCAAUUGUUCAUCCCGGCACCGUGAAAUGCAACCGGGCUCGCAUAGCCCCCGACGAAGCGGUAUAGACCUAAACGUCAUCACUCGGACCAUGAUGAGCACAACGGCCAUGAACAUUCCCGUCACUUCAGCGCCCAUGGCAGUCUCAUAUGUAUACCCCGCGGCGCCUGCAGGCUACUACACGGCCUAUACCACGCAAACAGCACAGUACGGCUAUGCGGCUCCCACGGCGCCAGUCACUGGAGUACCACGACACGCCAUGAUGCCCCAGACGCCAGCGUACUCGAUAACCCCCAACGGCCUCCCUGUGAACAUCAGCAAUGGCGUCGUUCGCACUGAAUUUCGAGGGAUCUUCAUCACUGGUUUGAGCUUCUCGUGCUCCGAGGCGGACUUGCGAGCGCUUCUAAGGAGCUAUGGUGUGACUCCCACACACAGUGUCCUACCGCGGGACCAGGCGACUGGCAAGCUCAAAGGCUGUGCGACGGUGCAGUUUGCGAGCGCCGCAGAGGCUCAAGAUGCGGUCAAGAAGCUCGACAAAGCGCAGCACAUGGGCAAGACCAUCACGGUGCGGCACGACAAGGACGCGACGUCAGUGGGCCAGCCGCAGGGGCCCGUGAUCGCCAAUGGGUCAACGGGAUACAUAAUGGGCGGCGGCACUGGCAGCAUCUGGCACAGGGGGCAUCGCUGGUGA